AUGUUCUGUUCUCCAAAGGAUCCCGUGGUGGCGAACGAGAACAAAUGCACGGGACGUUGCAAGUCAGUCGUGCGGAGGAUAGUCGAGCAGGUGAGAGCCGAGACUGAUCAGUGGGCCCAGAUGCAGGAGAUGCUGGCCCAGUUGCAUGGUGAAAUGGAGGAGCUGCAGGCGUCUCGUGAUUUCUGGGAAAAUCGAGCAUACAAUUUGGAGCAUGAAAUUCGAUCGCUUAGGCACACUGUGGAAGAAUGGAAGGGGAAAGCAAUCAAGUACGAAAACAAGGCGAACGAGUUGCAGCUCGAGGUUUCCAUUCUCAAAGAGAAUAUUCAAAACCCAAGUGUGGAUCUCAUGUCACAGCCUUCUCCGGUACCUUUGGGAAAGCAACUCGAAAAGGAAAAAAAGCUCAAGAGCUUCCGGCUGAAGAAAAACAGCGAAGUCGAGGAGAAAGAGCAGCGUAAAUACGAAAGUCUGCCUGAAGAAGAGGAGAUUAAUAAUAAGACUACUGAGGAAAGAACCCCGAGAAGAGGUUUGUCUGUGCCUCUUUCUCUAGGCAAACAGCUGGCGAAAGAAAAAAGGAAGAUCCUUCGCCAUUUGAAGGACAACUAUAAUCGUGUGCAUGACGAUAAUGGUGAUCGAGAGAGAAGGGGCAAACGAGAGGUCCCGGCUAGCGGACGAAGGAAAAAGUCGUGCUCGACUGGGUUUGGGGUUGUGGAACCGACCCGUUCGCCUUUGAUGGACAUUAGUAGUUUGUCUCCGAUUGCGCAACAAAUCAGUCGAUCGAGUUUUUUUGGUCUGAGGAACCCUGAGAGCUCAAAAGUAAGGGGCAGUUUUAGAAUGUGA